GGGCGGCGGGCGGCAGGUGCGAUGCGGUGAGGCGCGGCGCAGCCAGGCGGGCAGGCAUGGGCGCGCCUCCUCGGCUGGCCCCGGCGGAGCUGCUGCGGGCGGCGGCGGCGCUGCUGUGCCAGUUGGUGGUGGCCGGCUCCACGCUGGAGAUGCUGGCGGGCAGCGCGUACGACGCGGAGCGCGGGCGGGGCGGCGGGCGCUGCCAGCCCAUCGAGAUCCCCAUGUGCCAGGGCAUCGGCUACAACCUGACCCGCAUGCCCAACCUGCUGGGCCACGAGCACCAGGGCGAGGCGGCGCUCAAGCUGCACGAGUUCGCGCCGCUGGUGGCCUACGGCUGCCACGGCCACCUGCGCUUCUUCCUCUGCUCGCUCUACGCGCCCAUGUGCACCGACCAGGUGUCCAGCAGCAUCCCCGCCUGCCGGCCCAUGUGCGAGCAGGCGCGCCAGCGCUGCGCCCCCAUCAUGGAGCACUUCCACUUUGGCUGGCCCGACUCCCUGGACUGCUCCCGCUUGCCCACCAAGAACGACCCCCAUGCGCUCUGCAUGGAGGCGCCGGAGAACGCCACCACGGCGGAGCCUCACCGUGGCCAGGGCAUGCUGCCCGUGGCGCCUCGGGCCCGGCCUGCUGCUGGCGAAGGCCGCCCCGGUCCUGGAGCUGUGGGCACUUGUAAGAAUGCUGGCAAGUUCCAGUAUGUGGAGAAGAGCCUUUCCUGUGCCCCCCGCUGCUCCCCCGGCGUGGACGUGUACUGGUCCCGGGAGGAUAAAGACUUUGCCUUCAUCUGGAUGGCCGUGUGGGCCACCCUCUGCUUUGUCUCCACUGCCUUCACCGUGCUCACUUUCCUUCUGGACCCGCACCGCUUCCAGUACCCCGAGCGGCCCAUCAUCUUCCUCUCCAUGUGCUACAACGUGUACUCCGUGGCCUUCAUCAUCCGCUCAGUGGCCGGUGCGGAGAACAUUGCCUGCGACCGGGAGAAUGGCGAACUGUACAUCAUCCAGGAAGGGCUGGAGAGCACCGGCUGCACCAUCGUCUUCCUCAUCCUCUACUACUUCGGCAUGGCUAGUUCCCUCUGGUGGGUCAUCUUGACCUUGACGUGGUUCUUGGCGGCUGGGAAGAAGUGGGGCCACGAAGCCAUCGAAGCCCACAGCAGCUACUUCCACAUGGCCGCCUGGGGCAUCCCUGCCAUGAAAACCAUCGUCAUCCUCACCAUGAGGAAGGUGGCAGGAGAUGAGCUGACGGGGCUUUGCUACGUGGGGAGCAUGGACGUCAGCGCCCUGACGGGCUUCGUUCUCAUCCCGCUCUCUUGCUACCUGGUCAUCGGCACAUCCUUCAUCUUGACAGGCUUCGUGGCCCUCUUCCACAUCCGUAAGAUCAUGAAGACUGGGGGCACAAAUACGGAGAAACUGGAAAAACUCAUGGUGAAGAUUGGGGUCUUCUCCAUUCUGUACACCGUACCGGCCACCUGUGUGAUUGUCUGUUAUUUCUACGAGCGGCUGAACAUGGAUUACUGGAACCUUCGGGCCCUGGAGCAUGAAUGUGUCGCCUUUCCUGGCCGGCGUGGCGUGGACUGCUCCUUGGAUUCCUCAGUGCCGACUGUGGCCGUCUUUAUGCUCAAGAUUUUCAUGUCCUUGGUGGUUGGCAUCACCAGUGGGGUUUGGGUGUGGAGUUCCAAAACUCUUCAGACCUGGCAGAGCUUGUGCAAUAGGAAACUAGGGGUGAGGACUAGGGGGAAGCCAUGCAGCGGGGUGACCUGCCCUGGGGCACACUGCCACUACAAGGCUCCAACACUCAUGCUGCACAUGACCAAGACAGACCCUUACCUGGAAAACCCAACGCAUGUCUAAAAGUGGGACAAACCUACCGAGUCAUCUUUGAGGCAUGAGGGAACAUCUCGACUUCCUGGGAUCUGCUUAUUCCAGCAGGUUUAAACAAGAACAAGCAAGGAAGUCAUGUGAACAGAGGACGGGGGCCGAGAGAAAGGUUUCAGGUGUUGCAGCAUGCAGGCAUCUGGGUGGGGGGCUACUUUAUGAUGACUUUGUCUAGGGGACCCCUAAAGCGGCAUGUAGCAGGGAGACCUAACUUUUCUGCGCUGUCCCUACCUCCUCUCUUCCAGCGAACCCGUUAAAUGUAGCUGUUCUUUCCUAAUGUCGUGGUUUUGGGUGUCUCUGUUGCCAAAAUCCAGUAAUUUUUCUAAUGUUUUAUGAUGGAGGUGAGAGGGAGAGAGGAUUUGUCCAAGUUUAUUUAAUUCUGUAAUUUAUUCUAGAUUUUUUUUUAAAAAAAGAAAGAAAUCAUUAGCUGAAAGAAAUGGAAAAAGGAAAAAAAAUAUCCCAAUAAACCCUGGCUGUGUUAUUUCAA